AUGAUUGGCCACUCGCAAAAACUGCCCAUCAUCAAGUCCAUUGACGAAAUACUAUCAGAGCUCUCUGUCCGUCCUCGCAGCCAGAGCCGCCUCGCGGCUUCUAAUCCGAGUCGCUCGCCUGUGGAUGUCGAGCUCCACCGUGACGUCGCACGUCCAGCUAGUCACCGCGAGGCCCAGACAGCGACAGUUGCUUCUAUGCCAUCUCAGUUAGAAUCCUCCACAAAGUCCACCGUCGGUGACAUAUCUAUGCACGAAGCUACACCAAGCGAGUCUCCCCUGGGGUCUUCCCACGUCAGCUUCAAUGCUGCCAUUCCUGCCCAUGGAGCACAGAGCAGUGUCAUUUCGAAGCGCCAGCAUCUCGUUCCAGAGCGCAUCCCCUACCUCGAAAAGUUGCCUAUCAUCGCCAGAGCCCCACGGACGGCUGGCAACCUGCUCAAGCUGUCCGAACGCGUCAUACACGCUCUCAAGCAUCUUCAAGAUCCCCAUAACAGAGAGAACGACUUCAAGCUCAAUCCUGUUCGCUACGGCUCGACCUUCGACAAGGACCUCGGCCUUUGUUACGAAGCUUUCUUCACGUAUAAAGCUUGUAGGUUCGGUACAUUCUGCAAAUGGCGCCACGAUUCGCUGACAGACGAGGAGAAAGCGUGGAUAACAGAAUUAAGGGCUAGCCACGCACUUGCUUGGAUCGAAGAGUGCUACCAUACUCCAGAGACUCCAGCUCUUAAAGAUUGGUAUGCUACACAGGUCAUUGAUGAGGAAGACGAUGCCUGA